AUUAAUGGAAUACGAUUCUGUUUCAAAAAUAUAAGAAGAACUAGGAUAUUAUAAGAAAUAUUGCUAGUAGUUAGAGAAUUAAAAUGCUGCCUUAAACUAAUAGUUAUUUAAUAACAUUUAAGGGAAGGUUUUGACUGUGCAUGAUGGCAAUUAGAUUAAUAAGAAAUAACAUGAAAAUAACACUAAUUCUCAUAAAGAAUGUGAAUAAAGAUUAAAAUUAAUGGAGAAAUAAUUAAAAUAAAAGUUAAUGGAAGAAUAGUUAUGGCUUAAAAGAUUUGAGGCUUAAUUAAAUCAAAUCGUUGAGUUAAAAGUAUUAGAAAUUAUUAUUAAAAGGCAAUUCAUGCAUAAUAUAUUUAAGAAAGUGAAUAAGAAGAUAUUAAAAAAACAAAAGAAAUAGAAAUAUUGAAAGAGGAAAUAGAACAUUAUAAAAAAUAAAUAGAAAUUUAUAAAUAAGAAACAAAUUCAUAAAUCUAUUAAGAGGAAAUAAAAGAAAUGAGAAGAUAACUAGAAGCAUCAGAAAUUAAAUUGGAAUCUAUGACAAAAGAAUUGUAAAUUAAGGAUUAAUAAUUAUGUAAUAUAUUUAUCUAUAUAUAUUCUAAGAUUAAAAAUAAGGGAAUAUUAAAUAAUCUUUAUUGUAAUUCAAGUAAAAAUUUGACAUUGAAUUAAAAAAUGAAAAUUUAAGCACUGAACCAGAUAUAUCAAGUAAUAGUUUUUCAAAUAUUAUGCUCAGAGAUAUAUGA